AUGGAUGAGGGCCCUGAAUUGGAUUACAAAACUCAAUUGCUUGAGCAGCAAAGACUAAUCACGCAAUUAUUGCAAUUGCAAUUACGGAACAAUAACGCGAGUGACGCGACCGCCAAUAUAUCGCAACAUUCGUCAUUAUCGGUGCCGGUACCGCCGCCAUCUGAAUUUACGUUUCAAGCUGAAGAUUGGAGCGAAUGGAAAACGCGAAUUUUACGAUUCAAACGUAUUGCAUUGGCGAACUAUAGUAGUGAACAGCAAGUGGACUACCUUGUGGGAUAUGUGGGUGGUAAAGCUGAGAACAUUUUGAAAUCUUUUCAUUUGAGCAACGAGGAACUCAAAGAUUUUGAAAUUGUCUUUAGCAAAUUCGACAAUUAUUUCGUGUUAAAGAAAAACUUAGUGUACGAACGUGUACGGUUUUUACAACGCGCGCAGAAUAACAAAGAAUCAUGUGAUAUUUUCAUCACAGAUUUGACCAAUUUAGCACAAACCUGUGAAUGGGGUACAAUGGAAGCUGAGAUGAUAAAGCUUCGCAUAAUUGCUGGACUAGCUGAUAACCGACUGUCAGUUCAAUUACAAGCCAAGCCGGACGAUUCUUUGGAAGAAAUCAUCAGGAAAAUAAGGUUAGCCGAAUCAUUGAAAAAACAACAGACCGUCAUACGAGCAAGUGGCCCAAACCCCGAGACUAGUACAUCCGAGCAAAUUGAUGCAGAGGUAAACUACGUCCACAGGGGUACUAAACCGAAAAAUACUCAGCAGAAAUACAACAGUAAUGCUACAAGAAACUUAGGUAGUGGGAAAACGUUUCAGAAAAACAGAGACAACCCACAACCACAAGAGGAGAAGGAGUGCCGAAAAUGUGGAUUAAGCCCCCGGCACGCAUUUACAGAUUGCCCUGCGAGAAACGACUUCUGCAGAUCAUGUAACAGGAAUGGCCAUUGGGCAGCAAAAUGUCCGUCCCGCAAUAUGCAGCAUCAAACCAACUCAAAAAGUAGAUACGAAGCUAAAAAGGUUGCCGCAGUAGAGGUAAAGAACAACUCUGGGGUAAGUGAAGGCGAUUUAUUCUUUUUGGGAUCGAUACAAACUCAAUGCUGUGAACCCUGGCAAGCUAUAGUUAAUGUCAGUGGAGUGCCUAUAAAUUUUAAAAUUGAUACGGGAGCAGAUGUUACAGUAUUAAAAGCGGAGUUAUUGCCCAAAUUUAAACAUACACAAUUAGACUCUCCCCAGAGACCCUUGUUGUCCGCUUCGGGUGACAAAAUUAAUGUCAAAGGUACAUUUGAAGUAAAUAUGUUCUAUAAAGACAGAAUCCACAGCACUGAGGUUUAUGUUGUUGAGAACCUACACGCUAACUUGUUAAGUCGCGAUGCCAUAGAAGCAUUGGGGAUGCUAUCAUGGGCAAGCUCGAUAACCAUUCAAGAUAAUUUCCCUCAACUGUUCCAAGGAAUAGGUGACCUUGGAAAACAGUAUACAAUUGAGUUGAAACAGGAUUCUAAACCAUUUUCAAUCGCUACCCCGCGAAGAGUAGCGAUCCAUUUACGCGACGCGGUCAAAGAGAAUUUGGAAGCGUUAGAAAAACAGAAUAUCAUCUUUAAGGUCUCUCAACCCACCCGGUGGUGUGCGCCUAUGGUGGCCGUUCCGAAAAAGGACGGUAAAGUUCGUAUAUGUGUGGACUAUUCCAUGCUAAAUAAAUGUGUUCUUACGGAAAAGCUCGUUUUACCUGAUAUAAGUGAAGCAUUAGCACAAAUAGGUCCCAAUGCAAAUUUUUUCUCAAAAAUAGACGCCACUGCAGGAUUUUAUCAUGUUUCGUUAGAUCCAAAAUCUCAACUCCUAACAACUUUUAUAAGCCCCUUCGGUCGUUGGGCGUUCAAAAAGUUACCCAUGGGUAUCACGUCCGCCCCAGAGAGGUUUCAAAGAGAGAUGUGGGAAGCCCUAGAAGGUCUCGACGGUAUAAUCAACGUAGCCGACGAUACGCUUGUAUUCGGCAGUACGCGAGAAGAACAUGAUCGUAGACUUCAACUCGUAUUGCAACGGUGUUCGGAGAAAGGUAUAAAACUCAACAAGGACAAAUGUAUUUUCGGAGUUAAGUCACUUACCUUUCUUGGUUUUAUAAUAUCAAACAAGGGUGUAGGAAUAGAUCCUCAAAAGGUCAAGGCUAUUUUAAAAAUGCCCGCUCCUCGGGAUGUUAGUGGAGUUCGUCAACUCAUCGGGUGCUUGCAAGUGCACACCAAAUUUUUACCCGGGUUAGCGGAUAUGGCAAGACCAAUACUCCAACUCUUGAGUACAAAAAAUGAGUUUGUGUGGGAAAGCGCCCAACAAACCGCAUUUGAUCAAAUCAAACGGGCUCUGACAAACGCUCCGAUACUAGCGCAUUUCGCGCCGGGACGUCCGACGCGGGUAGCGGCUGAUGCAAGUUCCUAUGGCUUAGGCGCUACAUUAGAGCAGCAACAUACAGAUGGCACGUGGAGAACAGUCUACUACGCUUCGCGAACGAUGUCGGAGACUGAAAAACGCUAUGUUCAAUUAGAACGUGAGGCUUUAGCUUCCACGUGGGCAUGCGAGAAGUUCAGUCAGUUCUUGAUAGGUACAGAAUUUAUAUUGCUAACCGAUCACAAACCAUUGGUUGUUCUUCUUGGAAGUAAGCCUAUAUCUGAUCUGUCCGCUAGGAUCCAGCGUUUCAGGAUGCGAUUAUUGCAAUUCAAAUAUACCAUACAAUAUAUUCCGGGAAAACAAAUGAUUAUUCCCGAUUUGUUGUCUAGGGCACCAAUUGCAUCAUCUGACCCUGAAAAAAACGCAUUACUAAUCGAUGCUGUGGAAGAUUUCUAUGAGCACAUCUGCACUUCAAUUCCUAUAUCGGACACAAACCUACAGAAAAUUAGGUCAGCACAGGUUUCGGAUCCCCAAACUCUGAGGUUACGACACUACAUAGAAAAUGAGUGGCCAAGUAAUAAACUUCUUCCCCUUGAGGACAGAAUUUUCUUCCAAUACCGAGGAGAUAUGUCACUGUUGGACGAAAUUGUCUGUUUGGGAACUCGAAUAUAUGUACCGCCAAAAUUGCGACCAGAUAUGCUGAACAGAAUACACGAGGGACACCUUGGAAUCAUAAAAUGUCGUGCACGAGCCAAGGAAACAAUCUGGUGGCCCGGUAUUGCUAAACACAUCGAUGAUAAGGUAACUGGUUGCGAGAAGUGUAUCGAACACAGAAUAACACCAACAGAGCCGCUUAUGGCCUCACAAGUGCCCGAAUACUCCUGGCAAAUCAUAGCUUUGGAUUUGUUCGAGGCUAACAAGAAACAUUAUCUGGUUGUAGUAGAUUACUUCUCCAGAUACAAAGAGGUAGCAAGUUUACAAACAUCUACUGCCUCAGAAGUCAUUGCAAAGCUUAGUACUUUCUUAGCAAGGUGGGGAAUACCAGAAAAGAUUCGUUCAGACAACGGACCUUGUUUUAACAACCAACUUUUUAAGAAUUUCUCCCAAAGGUUCGGAUUUAAGCAUGUUACAAGUAGCCCCUUGUAUCCCCAAUCCAACGGUCAAGCAGAAUCGGCCGUUAAAAUUGCGAAGAAAAUUAUUUUAAAAUCAAAUGACCCAAAUUUAGGAUUGUUAAGCUACAGGACUACCAAACUUCAGUGUGGAUUUUCCCCUUCAGAGCUAAUAAUGGGCAGAACACCCCGUACUACCUUACCAACAAAUAAAAUGAAUCUAAUUCCUAAAUGGGACUAUUUACCGGAUUAUAUUAGGCGUAGAAAAAUUGAGAUUCAGGUAUACACUGAUAAUUUUAACAACCACCACAGAACCAAAGUAGUUCAAAAUUUAAAUGUUAACGAUAGAGUUUGGAUUACAAAAUGCGGUGUGGUGGUCAAUGAAGGACCUGAACCAAGAUCAUACGUUGUAAUAGCUGAUAACAAGCACUAUCGACGAAAUAGAUCUCACCUAAUAAAGGCAAAUGAUACAGCAAAUGAUACAUUAAACCGCUACCCUUACGAAUUGUUUGAAUGGCCGGAAGAAUUGGAAGACCGGACGUCAACGCAGGAAGAUCUAAAACGGGGAGGAAGAGCGGAAGAGAGAAGUCUGACGGAAGAGACUGAACAGCGUCCACUGGUAGGAAAUGAUUAUGUCCAGUCAAACGAAGACAAUGGUGUAACUCGAGGUGUUAUUCCAGCAGAGCAACAGUUUUACACAACCAGAUCGGGUCGCGUGGUAAGGCCACCGAGGUCUCGUUGUGAGUGUGGAAACCUUGCUUGUAGUCAUUAG